AUGUCUGACCUUUUAUCCACUUAUGAGGCUGACUUUCAGUAUACUGCGCAGGAUGUGCAAAAGAAAUUUGAAGAGGUUUCAUCUCUCCAAGGUGACGCCCGCCACUCUGCCCUCAAAGAUCUUGAGUCGUCAAUAGAUGAACUCAAAGAAAUAAUAGGCUCCAUGGAAACCGAAAUAUUGGGAUUGCCAUCGAGCAACCGCGCUUCUUUCAAUUCAAAGAUUAGAACUUUCCGUUCACAAUUACAAUCACAUGAAAGCUUACUUAAAAAAUACGAAGAUGAUGAGGAUAGAAGAGAACUUUUUGGAGGCAGAACUGACAAUGGGUCUGGCCAAAAUUACUCUGAUUUCGAUCAAAGACAAGGUCUUUUGCAAACCAAUGCUUCAUUAGCCAGGACCUCUGAUAGAUUGAAGGAUAGUCAAAGAAUUGCUAAUGAAACCGAGGACAUUGGUGCCAACAUCUUGAACAACUUGAGAGGACAGAGGGAACAGUUGGUAAAUAGUAGAAAUACCUUAAUGGAAGCCGACGGAUAUGUUGAUAAGAGUAUACGUACCUUGAGAACUAUGAGUCGAAGAAUGGCCGCGAACAAGAUGUUGAGUUACGCAAUUAUUGCGGUAUUGAUCAUAUUAAUUUUCUUAGUCUUGAUCAGCAAGUUCAGAUAA